GCUUCUCGAUCUGUCCUCACCUGGCUUCUUGUCUGCUUUGCCUCAUGUCUUUUUUUUUGCCUAUGGCUCUCAGGGUGUAACUGCAGUGGGAGGUCAGAGGAGUGUGUGUUUGACGUGGAGCAGUACAGAGGCACCGGCAGUGGGGGGCGCUGUGUGAGCUGCAGAGACAACACCGACGGGCCCCACUGUGAGCGCUGCGCAGAUAACCACCACAGGAACGCUCCGAACCAGCCCUGCCUACCCUGCGACUGCAAUAUCAAUGGCUCAGUGAGUCUGCAGUGCGAUGCAGAGGGAAGGUGUGUGUGUCGUCUCGGUGUCACAGGGGAGAAGUGCGACGCGUGCCAGGCUGACUUCCAUUCUCUUGGACCUGCAGGGUGCAGGUGA